AUGAGCUUGUUAAUUAACGAGGAAAGAUUGAUGGAUUCGCCAAAAAGGACUGAAAGCACCGAUAUAUAAUCAGACAGUUAAAAAGUUAAAAAGGAAUUUAACACUUUUUUCUUAGGUGUCCAAUAAACUUCUAAAGUUACAAGAUAGUACAUAGAUACUAAAACACAUGGAAUUCAAUUAUAUUAUCAAGAAUUCACUCCCUAAUUUAUUGAUGCCCAAGUCAUUAUCGUACAUGGAUUUGGAGAGCAUUCCGGAAAUUACAAACAAUUGACAGAUUGUUUCUUACUCAAUAAUUUUAAAGUCCAUCUUUAUGAUUAAAGAGGAUUUGGAUUUUCAGGUGGAAUCAGAAGUAAAGCCACAAUAGAAGAGAUGCACAUGGAUCUGGAGACUGUGAUAGAUUAAAUUGACAAAUCAGUGCCUUUGUUUAUUUUUUGUCAUGCAUUGGGGGCAGCUAUUGUAAUCAGUUUUUGCUUGAGGAAUCCACAAUUUGAAAUACAAGGAAUUAUUUGCAGUAGUGCUUAAUUUAGAGUGCCACCAAGGUAUGGAAAAAUGAAAAUGAUCACAUUACAAAUGAUGGCUAAAUUAUGUCCAGAUUUAUAGGUUAAUACGUAUCAUAAUUUAUCUUUUGCAUCCAAAAAUAAUCAUCACAUCAGAAAAUUGGCAACAGAUCGAUUGAUACAUCCCUAUAUGAGUAUCCAAUUUGCAUAGAAUGUGUUGUUAUUCUAAUAAUACAUUUUACCUAAUGCAAAUUAGUUUAAAAUACCAAUCUUGAUAUUGCAUGGCAAACAAAAUAAGGUUGCUUCACAUCUGGAUUCAGUUGACUUUUAUAUGUAAAUUCAAUCCAAAGAAAAAACAAUCAAAAUAUUUGAGUAAGGUUUUCAUGAAAUGCAUAAUGAUUCUGAAUGGCCGAAAAUGAAGACUAUUAUCACAUAAUGGUGCUAAAAAAUGAUAACCAAAGAUGUUAAAAUGAAUUACUUAAAAGAGUAUAAUCAUGGAGUUGUUGUACAACAAUACAGAUCCAAAAUCAGACUAUUGAUUUCUGUUCUCUUAAUAGUAAUAAGAAGAAAACUUUCUUGCUUAAAUGUCAGUACGAAAGUUAGUAUACUUAUAUUUAUGGAACUAUUACUCAGAUUGUUCACAUCUCAUUGA